AUGCAAAUGUCGAAAUGUUUAUGUCUUAUGAUUAUUGCUGUCAUCGUUAUUGCAGCAAAUGCAUCACCAGCAAGAAAAAGACGCAGUGGUAGCUCUGGAUGCAGCGAUAACAAUAGCCAAGACAACUCUAAUGGAAACAAUGGCAAUCCACAACCCUAUACGCUCCAACAAGGAGAUUAUUAUUAUACUAAUAAACAAUCUACUAUCACAAACACAGAAAAUAAAUGUUCAUCAGGCGCAACUCACUGUUGUAAUAAUCAAGCUAGUUCAAACAGUGAUCGCCGAAAACGAAAUUCUGGUUCGUCCUUUGGAAAUCUCUUCGGUUCCAGUACUAAUAGUAAACAAACUUCAUGUGAUAAUGUUGCAACAAGUGGUUCCAGUGGUACUCAAUAUAAUGGAUGUGAUUCAACUCAAGAUUGUUGUCAAGGAAAUACCGUUAAUGGUCUUGUUAGUCUUCAAUGUUCAUCACUUUCUCGUAAAUAA